UUGAAAUUUGAAUUAAUUUUUCUUUUCAGAUGUGCAUAAAAUGACUUUGUAUUCAUCCCCAGUGCUCUACAGGUGUUCAAUUAAAGUUGUGCCAUCAUGUUAUUGGGAUUUAUGGACUUGCUAUGGAGUAUGCUUGAAAUUUUGAGCUUACACAUUUAAAUAAAACUGCCCAUGGCCAGUUUACUGGGAUGUGAUUUUGCUUUUGCAAAGACCAUCACUUCAGCCUAAGGACACAUGUUUUAUAAUUUGUAUGCAUUGUGGUACUCUAUGCAAGUCCUUUUUCCAAGAUAUUAAAUGAUGUGCGGGAAUCACAAAGGUGAAGAGAUCCUUGUAAAGAUGUUGCCACGCUGAUCACAAGCAAAGAUUUGACGACUCCUGCAAGGAGCCUCAAAGGAACCAGAAUAUGCGUAAUCAGCAAAAUGCUUACGAUGAGGAGUAAUUCAUAUGGACGGUUGUCGGGAGGGGGAGGAGGUGGAGGAGGACAGGUUACCCAAUUGAGAGGAUGGCUUCUGAAACCCUCAAAAAUUGUACCCGCAAUACUGUUGAUCUUGGUGAUUGCUCCUUUGUGUGCUCACUACUAUUUGUCCAAGGCUGUUAGAGAUGGAUCACUGAGUCAUGAGCGUCACUUGCUUUUGGAUCCUAAUGAUCCUCUGGCAGACUUGUCAGGCCUCAAGUGUGAUAAUGCCAAAGCCAGGGUUCAGGAACUUCUUUCUAUUAAAGCUUCUGUUUUGAAUGAGCUACGAGAUCUAGAGCAACAUCGACAGCAACUGCAAGAAAACAUUGCUUCUGCUACUGCCAGGGUUGAAAGUUUACGCUUAGAGGAGGCAAGAGUCAAGACGGAAUUAGAAAGGCUCAAAACUAGUGUUGAACAGGCUCUUCUUGCUCAGCGUGAAAUUUUUGAAAAAAAUAUGCCUCAGAUUGUUGCUCCACGACAAAUUAUGGCAACUGAAGAUAACAGCAUUGAGCUUCCUUUACCAAGCCCCCAAGUUUCCAUACAGUGUCGUAUGUACAAUUGUUUUGACUAUUCAAGAUGCUCAAUUCUUUCAAACUUUCCAGUCUUUAGUUAUGACAUUGAUCAGUAUAGACUGCCUACAAAUGACUUGGAAGUUUUUGUUAAAACAACAGUAAAGCAAGCACUGGGUUAUAAUUCUCAUGUCACCACAGAUCCAAAUGAAGCUUGUGUAUUUGUAGCCUUAGUAGGUGAAGGAAUUGGUUCAAAUAUAGACAAAGUUAAUUUGGAAGAAAGUUUGCACAGUCUACCUCACUGGAAUGGAGAUGGACGCAAUCAUGUCCUUCUAAAUUUAGGAAGAACAUUUUACAGUAAUAAUAUAUUUGAAGGCAUCAACACUGGUCGAGCAUUAAUAGUUCAGUCACAUUUCAGUUCCCAGCUGUACCGACCAGGAUUUGACAUUGUAUCUCCUCCACUCCUUGGUUUACCAGGUGGUGAUUUAUGGCAUAAUCUUCCUCCAGUUGUGCCUGCAAAACGGAGGUACCUUUUGACUUUUCAAGGGGAACUUCCUCAGUUGCGAAAUUAUUUAGAUAAGGAAGAGCAAGUACCUAAGAAUCCUGUCUUAAGAGAAGAAGUGUCUAUUGUCGAAGAGCUUAUGCAGUUAGAACAGUCUCACACGGAUGAUCAGUUCUUGUUACAGUUUACAUGCCAAGGUAGUGGAAGCUAUGGAGACUUAGAUGAAUGGCAGAUAUGCGAGACAGAAACAAUGCGCACACGUGUGUUAAGAGAUUCUACAUUUACUUUAGUGAUGUCUCCACCAAAUACAAAUGAAAUCACCACCAUUACCCUACAGGCACGUAUAUAUGAAGCCCUGAAAUAUGGAGCAGUUCCUGUGAUUCUUGGGAAUCACAUUGAGUUUCCAUUAAAGGAAACUAUUGAUUGGCGUAAAUUAGCAAUUGUACUGCCUAAAGCUCGUGUCACAGAAUUACAUUUCCUUCUUCGAUCAAUUUCGGAUGGGGACAUUCUUUUCAUGAGACGCCAGGGCCGUGUGAUAUGGAGCGUUUUUCUUGGCUCCACUCAAGUUCUUCUGGAUUCAAUACUUGCAACUUUAAGGGAGAGACUCAACAUUCCCCCUCUUCCAGCAGCAGAGGAGCCCUCAGUCAGUGUCUUCAAUGAUUCUUUUGUGCCACUAAAAACAGAUGUAAACAUAGCAGAUCCUGAUACGGAUGAAAAUCUUGGACCUAUUGAACCUCCUUUUCCAUCUGUCACAUACAGUCGUAACUACACAGUAGGCCUUGUGACUGGUUACGAGAUGUGGAAUGUAUGGGGAGAUCCUUUUAGCCUCUAUUCAAAUCUUCCUACAAAUCCCAUACUGCCAACAGAAGCAAAAUUUUCAGGGUCACAGUUAGGUUUUCGUCCUAUAAAUGCGGGUUCUGGAGGUUCUGGCAAAGAAUUCAGUGAAAGUUUAGGAGGAAAUCAUCCAAGGGAACAGUUCACGAUUGUCAUGCUUACCUAUGAAAGGGAACAGGUACUGUUAAAUUCAUUGAGUCGUCUGUAUGGUCUACCGUAUCUUAACAAGGUUAUUGUUGUCUGGAAUUCACCCAAGCCUCCCUCAGAAGAUCUACGAUGGCCAGACAUCAAAGUUCCUAUUCAGGUUAUACGAGCUGAAAGAAACAGUCUCAACAACAGGUUUUUGCCUUACUCAGAAAUUGAAACUGAAGCAGUACUUUCUGUGGAUGAUGAUGCCCAUCUACGACAUGAUGAAAUUGUCUUUGGCUUUAGGGUAUGGAGAGAUGAGAGAGAUCGUGUUGUAGGAUUUCCUGGUCGGUAUCAUGCAUGGGAUUUGAAUUAUGGAGGCUGGCUGUAUAAUUCAAAUUAUUCCUGUGAACUUUCAAUGGUAUUGACAGGUGCUGCCUUUUUCCACAAGUACUAUGCUAACAUGUAUUCACAUGUUAUGCCACAAGCUAUCAGAGAUAAAGUGGAUGAAUACAUGAACUGUGAGGAUAUUGCAAUGAACUUCUUGGUGUCUCAUAUUACCAGAAAACCUCCAGUUAAGGUAACAUCUCGAUGGACAUUCCGCUGCCCAGGUUGCCCAGUUUCCCUUUCUGAAGAUGAUUCCCAUUUCACUGAAAGGCAUAGUUGUAUAAACUUCUUUACUCAGGUUUAUGGUUAUAAUCCUCUCCUAAAUACUCAGUACAGGGUUGAUUCGGUACUUUUCAAGACUAGACUCCCACAUGACAAGCAAAAGUGUUUCAAGUUUAUUUAGUGAAUAAUUUGUUUUAGUAUUUUAAACUGUAACAUGUUUUGGGAUCAUUUCAUUGCCAAGUCACAUAAGGUUGGAUCUCAGGCAAUUAGAUGUUUUCACUCAUCGAGUUGUGUUUUAGAAUAGCCGGUGGGUGCUGAAAAUACAUUAAUUUAUUAAGCUCUAUUUAAUUCUUCAAAGUUAAUAGGUCAUUAUAUUUUAAAAUGUUUCAAAUUUGAAUUGGCAUUCACAAAAUAGGCCACUGUGUUUAUCAUAAUUACAUAAGCAUGAAAUAUAAAUUUGCCAUCAUAAAAUUAAGUAAAGUGCAAUAUUCCAGAAUUUGAUUAUGUUGAAUUGUUACUCUCUUACAGUAAAGGGAAGAAUAAAAAGAGGGAAAUGGAGAAGCAUUUAUUAGAGGAGUUUUUACUGUUGAAGUCUGCAUUUAGUACUUGUUGAUCAUAAACCUUUUAGAAAAUAAAUGGUUUUAAUAAAAUAUUGUGUAAUGUUUGUACAUAAUUGUACUGUUCUUGAUGAUAGUGAGGUUUAAAAGUACAUCUAAUAGGUAAUGUAUUGUUACUGUAUAUAAAUCAUUAUAUAUAUUUAUAUUUUUAAUCUUUGUUGUGUAUGUGAUAAUUAGAAAUUUAUAAUGAGCAAUGGGUGAGGUAUUCCAGAUUUUUUAUUUUCAGUUUGUAAAUGGCAGUGGGCGAUGCAUUUCAGACCUUUUUUUUAGAUUUUUGCUCUGAUGUUUAAAGCAUUUAAUCCAUGGAAAAGAUUUAAACUUAAGAGAUUUUUAGGUAUUGGAAGAAAGCAUAGCAAAUUUUAAGAAUUAAAUUGAUCAUAAAAUGCAAGCUUUAAAAAUCCCGAGUGAGUAUUAUUUGUUAGUAUGAAUGGUGUUUUGAUGUCAAAGUAUAAAUUGUAAUGAGAUGAAUUUGGUUAACUGUUCAUUAAUUUUGUUUGGAUUUGUUGUCCAUAUCUGCUUUAUGGCAGGUAAUUAAAAAACUAAGUUACACUGCUAGUUUAGUACAUUAAUCAAAAUGACAGUACUGUACUAUUUUAUUUAAAAAUGAAAUACAGUUCAGUAUUGAUUGGACUUUUGAUUUUUUACUAAACAAAAGUUUGACAUCAUAAGUUAAACAAAUUAUAUUUUAUUGUUAAGUUAAUAGGUUUAAUGUAAAUCAUUUUGAAUAAUUUUAAUUCUUUUUGAUAAAUUAUUUUUUUCAUAGUGUUCUAUGGUAAAGGACCCCAUAUAUUUUAGUCUGUAUAUUUGGCUGUGUAAUGCUGAAUAGGUAAUGCUUAUCUAGGAUUGGAAUAAAAAUGCACAAACUAUAA